AUGGCGGACAUCAACCUCCAAGCUGUUCAUGAUGAACUGGUCCUCGUGGCGUAUGAGGCCGGACGCAUGAUUCUAUCCGCCAACCCAGCAGAUAUUGGAACAGGGACGAAACUCAACUCCGUGGACAUUGUCACAGAAGUCGACCAGGCCGUCGAGAAAAUGGUCUCGUCGCGCCUCUCAACGGCCUACCCCGAGUUUUCCUUCAUGGGCGAGGAGACUUACAAGCCUGGGACUAAGCUUGGCCCUGAGCCGACAUUUGUCGUUGACCCCAUUGAUGGAACCACAAACUUCAUCCAUUCCUUCCCCAACGCCUGCAUCUCCCUCGGCCUCGCCAUCAACCGCGAGCCCGUCAUCGGCGUCAUCUACAACCCCUACCAAGACCUGCUCUUCACAGCCAUAAAGUCCCACGGCGCCUACAUGACCCGCAUCAAGGGCUCAACCCCCCAGAAGCUGCCCCUCGCCACGAGCCCCCGUCCCAUCGAAGGCCUCGCCAACGCCCUCAUCGCCAUCGAAUGGGGCUCCAACCGCGACGGGCCAAACUACGAGCUCAAGACGGAGGUGUUCAAGAAGCUCGCCGCCACCAAGGAGACGGGCGGCGCCAUGGUGCAUUCGCUCAGGUCGCUGGGCUCUGCGGCGCUCAACAUUGCUGCGGUGGCGGCGGGCCAGAUGGAUGCCUACUGGGAGGGCGGAUGCUGGGCGUGGGACGUCUGCGCUGGAUGGUGCAUUCUCAAGGAGGCUGGGGGUAUCAUGGCUGGAGGAAACCCUGGACAGUGGGAUCCAGCGGUGGAUGAGAGAAAGUAUCUUGCUGUGAGGGGGGCGCCGAGCGGGCAGAAGGAGCUUGUGGAGGAGUUUUGGGGGGUUAUUGGUGAUGGGGCGAUGGAUUACUCUGUGUGA